CUACAACAACGUCGCGGACGCUCGAUACGACCAACCACAUCACAUGAAGCCCCAUCACGAUGGGGAAGAAGAGGGCAAAGGUCGCAUAUGUCGUUUUCCAAGGCAGAGUACCAGGUAUUUACGACGACUGGGCUCAAUGUGAAGCACAAGUGAAUGGGCACUCUGGUUCGGUAUUCCAAGGAUACCACACAAGGGAAGAAGCUGUCGCAGAUUGGCGCGAUUUUCAAGAGGAGGAAGCCCGCGGGACCAAAAGAACUCUGGAUGAAACAAUUGAUUCCAUCACUACCCGCUCUGCCAGCGCGGAUCAGAUAGAAAAGAAGCAACGGAUAGUUGCAAACAUCGAUGAUCCUUCCUCGAAAUAUGCCGAAGCUCCCAGACCUGUGGAACCUGGUUCACAAGAUCCCCCAUUAAUGGCAGAUCCAGAGAUGAUUGAGGAUGAAGGCGAAGGGGUCCAACUCACAGCUGAGCAGAAGGCUGUUGUUGAUCUGGCGCUGGCGCGACAUAAUAUUUUCCUGACUGGCGCUGCGGGUAGUGGAAAGACUGUAACUCUCAAGGAAAUCAUACGACAACUACAGGCACGGCACAAAUCUCAUGAGUCAAAAGGUCUUCUCAAUGUACAUAUCGUGGCACCAACAGGCAUUGCUGCGUUGCCUUUGAAUGGGAGAACAACAUAUUCAUUCGCUGGAUGGAAACCCGACUCGCUGCAAAAGCCCAUGAAGGAACUCUUGGAAAUAAUUAGGGCUACCACUGUGGAGGCUGUAAAACAUCUCAAGGUAUUGAUUAUUGAGGAAGUUUCCAUGGUCGAAAGCCAAUUUUUGGAAAGACUGAAUCGGCUGUUUCAACAUAUCCUGUUUUCAAACCUCCCUUUUGGUGGAAAACAAGUCAUAUUCGUUGGCGAUUUUCACCAACUUCCCCCGGUCAAACCUUUUCAGUUCUGUUUGGAGUGCGGGGAGCCAAUGUCGAAUCGAGGCUGGACUUAUUCAUGCAAAGCUGAGAUACCAGCUUACCAACACGCGUGUCAAAAGGUGAAAUUUGACGCGGGAGACAAAUGGGCGUUCAAAGCGCAGGUGUGGGCAGAUCUGAAGCUUCGACAUGUUAAGCUCGAACAUAUACAUCGUCAAAAGGAUACCAAUUUCCAAGAUGUUCUCAACAAAAUACGCAACGGUCUGCCAUUGGAGGACCACGAAUGGGAGGACCUGGAGAGAACAAAAGAAUUGCCCCCGAAUGCCUUUGCUGUUAGGCUGAUGUCGAGAAUCAUUAUGGUUAACCAAUUCAACGAGAUAGAGUUAGCCAAAUUGAGCACGGAGGAGAGAUCUUGGACCGCAUUUGAUACUUGUGUAAAGAAGUCCUACGAGAAUUCUGACAAGUUUCCGCCACGGUAAGCUACUUCUGUUUUUGUUCAGCGAUCAAUAUUUCGUGGUCAACGACCAUGCUAAUCAAGGCGCCUCGAAAAUUAGUUCUACUGCAAUCGCCGCAAAACUCAAGGAAUUGAAAGACGGGCUCAAAGACCAUAGUUUCCAGACCGAAUUAAAGUUGAAAAUUGGGGCGAAGGUUGUGCUUCUGCAUAACCUCAAUCCCAAGUUAGGGCUGGUCAAUGGGUCGCAGGGCGAAGUGGUAAAAUUCUCGGACGCAGAGGGCUGGAAGACGAAAGAAAUAUCGCAAUGGGAGUCGAUGAGAGCUAAGGAUUUUACUGGCCGGAAUGGCUAUUUCGUGCCCGUCGUGAAAUUUUCGAAUGGGAGAUGCCACUCUAUCCCACCAAUCAUUCAUGAUGCCACCAAGAUCGACGGGAAUGAUCGUUAUCUAGUUUCGAGAUCCCAGAUACCGCUCACACUUGGCUGGGCUUUGUCUAUACACAAAUCGCAGGGAAUGAGCCUCCAGUACGCCGAAGUCUCUUCUCGUGAUAUUUUUGAGCCUGGACAAUUAUACGUUGGUGUUUCUCGGGUUUCUACUUUGGAGGGGCUAGUUGUAACGGGGUUCCAGAGAGAAAUGUUGGGGUUGGACGAAGAAGUUACCAGGUUCUAUAAUGAAACUGCGUGGGAGAAGUUGGAUGUGUAAAGUAUUUUGUACACUACCUAUAAUUGUAUAAUGUAAUAUUUCACCCGAGUCAGGGA